GUACACUGUACAGCAACAGGAUGCUUACUCGUAUAGGUAUUUCAUUUUGCUGGGAUACAUUUUGAGCUUGCAUCUACCAAUCCUAAGGAAAGAUUUACAUCAUAUAGGUAGGUAGGUGGGCAGUGGGUAAGUACCUACCUACGUAAUGGUUCGUGUGCGUACUAUGUACGAGGGUAGUAAUGCCAUUGAUGAGUGGCUGUAGGUAGUAAUAGGUAUGUAGGGCUAAUGCUAGGGCCAGGGCCAGGGGACGGUCGACGCGAAAAUCUCCUGUUGCUUCGAAUUUCAACUUCGAGUUACAUACACGGGUGUAUAUUAUAUUGAUUGUGCGCACGCAGCUUACGUUAGUAAACUAGACAAAAAUAAACAACAAAUGAAUAUUAUAUGUACGUAUAGUAGCCUACUCGUACACGGUGCGAUGCACGAUAUACGAUGUACGAUGUACGAUGUACGAAGCAAAGCAAGUUGGACGAAUACGAAUAGCAAUAUAGCAGACAGUAUACGAGCACUAUGUAGUAGACUGUAGUGCGUUAGCACGUUAACGUUAUGUAGGUAUUAGUUGUAGUUUGACCGAGUACGAGUAGUGCUUUCGCUUCGCUUCGCCAUCGCUUGGCUCGGCUCUGCUUGGCUUUGCCGGAUCGCCAAUAAACGCGCGGCGACACGAUACGACGUUUAGCGUUUUCAUUUUCGCAUAUAUCUACUACACGUGUUAAUACGCAUCGUAACCUGUGUACUACUCGUAUUGGCACUUAGCAGUACGUAUAUCGUGUGUAUCGUAUACCUAUAUCUACGUGUAUAAAUCGUGUGCGAUAAUAUUGCGAAUCGCGUAGUGCGGCGGUCAACUGCGGCUGCGGCAUGACCGACGUCAACUUCGACGCCGACGCGGACACCGUCGUUGUCACCGAAGACGAAUUAAUAAUUGCUACCAAAAUUAAAGGUCGAUCCGCGUCCGUUUGCUUCAGUUCCAGCGCAAGGAGUGAUCGUAUCGCCGAAUGUGCAUUUCCGACGACCAGUAUCACGCCACCGCCAACGCCGCCAGCCGUCGGUGGCAGCAGCGUCAAGUAUUUUCGUCGACCAGCUUCCAGAUCUCAGAGUGCUCGUCUCACCGGAGGCAGCAAAUCGCUUCGAAGACGUCCUCCUCAGUCGCAGACCGCCACCGCCGAAGAUGGUCAUCGUCGUCACCCGCACACGCAUACGCAUAUGCGGGCAGGAGUUAGCGAUCCUAAAAUAUACGGUCAUACAGAUUCAGAAACAUGUUCGCCAUCAUCGCCAGGUACUUUAUGGCGUGAAAGUUGCAUUCGACGAGUAAACUCUCACAAACAACGCAAAUCUGCCACAUUUUUGGAUAUACCGAAAACUCAGUCAUCCACAAGUGCCAGUCAAAUAGCUGAUGACAAUUCUUAUCGCCUCAGAUCAUUCAGCUUUACUACGAAAGGUCUAGUCAAUCGUGGCGACUCUUUCAGAAAAAGACAUGGCCGUAGUAACAGUAUUUUUCCCAACAACGAGCCGAGUUUGACAGCUAAGCACAAACACAAACAGCAGACCUCGAAUGAUCCAUCGUCAGUGUCCCCAGAAGCAGUAGCCGCCGAUUCCAGCAGUGUCCUUACUUACAACGUAUCGGUGAUGGGCGCCGCAGGAGUUGGAAAAACUUCGCUCGUUAGCCAAUUCAUGACGUCGGAGGGCAUUAAUCCGUACGACCGAGAUAGAGACGAGCCAUCUCUUCAAACCAUUUCUAUCAUGCUGAAUGGAGAAGAAUCGGAAUUGUGUUUUCACGAAUGGAGACAUUCCAAGAUUGUUGAGAAAAAAUACGCGGUGGCGGAUGCUUUUCUGAUUUUGUACUCGGUUGUGGAUAAGUCGACGUUUCAGUAUGCCGAGAGUGAAUUGAGCAAAUUGCACGAUCUGAAUGUUUUGCUCAACAAGCCAGCCAUUCUGGUCGGCAAUAAAAUUGAUUUAGCCAGAAGCAGAACAGUCUCCUCUCAGGAUGGAAAGUGUUUAGCUUGCACAUUCCGAGUCAAGUACGUGGAAAUAUCGGUCGGCAUCAAUCACAACGUUGACGAGCUACUCGUCGGAAUACUGAAUCAAAUUCGUUUGAAAAAACAACACUGCGAGCAGCAGCAAAACGUCUCCAGCAAUCAUCGUUGGUACAAGAAUCGAGCCGUUGUUCGCGCUAGCAUGAAAGCUCGCCAGAUGUUCACUUGGAUAUUCGGUCGGGAAGAUUCCAAAUUUAAAAAUUGCGAAAAUUUACACAUACUGUGAUUUGCCAUUGCCAACGAUCCGCCCCUGCCGCUAAUUUCACUCUUUACUCCGUCCUUAUUACAAAACCCUUAUAAGUACCUAUCAGCAUCCGCGUCUGCGUUGAAUGUAAUUUUUGUAGCCGUUAUCUACAAAUGUCAGAACAUAUUAAUGAUAAUGAAUCAUUAAUGCCGCCACCAAUCCACUAUUCGACGCUCGACAUUAUUUAUAUUCGGUAAAUACAGCGCGCGAGCUGUUAAUUUUUGUGCUAAAAAGUAUUUUUACAGGCUAUAUACUUAUGUACGUACGUACCUACUCGUAGUCGUAGUCAUUUAUUUAAGUUGUUUUUUCUUAAAUUAAAAUUUUUUACCUAAUUUUCUAUCUGCUGCCUACCAUCCUUUUCUACUACUCGAGUACCUACCUGUGCUCAAGUUUGUAUAAUUAAUUAAUUAUUCGCAUACCUAUAAGAAUUUUCAACUUUUUAAAAACAAACCAAGUAAAGUAAGUACUCGCACACGUAAUGUACCUAUGUAUGUACCACAAAUAUAUCAUUUUUUCUUGUU